AUGCACAGCCCACCACAGUGCCAGCUCACCAACAGUCAGUCUACCAAUCAGUGCCAGCCCACACAGCCGCCCACCAACAGUGCAGCCCACCAACAGUGCCGCCCACCAACAGCCACCACAGUGCCAGCCCACCAACAAAGUGCCGCCCCACAGUGCCAGCCCUACCAACAGUGCCAGUCUACCAACAGUGCCAGCCUACCAGUGUCAGCCUACCAUAGCACCAAGUUCAAUAACAGUCACGCCUACCACAGUGCCGCCCACCAAGUGCCAGUCCCCAACAGUGCUGGCCCUAACACAGUGCCCCCCAGUCCACCAACAGUCCACCAACAGUCCAACAGUCAGCCCGCCCACCAAGUGCCCCAACAACAGUGCCCCACCAGUCAGCCCACCAACAGCGUCAGCCCACCAACAGUGUCAGCCCACCACAAGGCCCACCACAGUGCCGCCCACCAACAGUGCCCAGCUCACCAACAGUGCCGGCCCACCAAUAAAGUGUCAGUCCCUCCAACACACCCACAACAGUGUCAGUCACCACAGUGCCGCCCACACAGUACAGCCCACCACAGCAGCCUACCACAGUGCCGCCUACCAACAGUGCCAGCCUACCACAGUGCCGCCUACCAACAGUGCCGCCUACCACAGUCAGUCCAGCCCAACAAAGCCCAACAGUCACCAGCCCCAACAGCCCGUCCAUCCCCCACCACCAACAGAGCCAGCCCACCAACAGCGUCAGCCCACCAACAGCAUCAGUCCACCAACAGUGUCAUUCACCAACAGUGCUCAGUCUCCCAACAGGGCAGUCUUCCCACCAACAGUGUCAGCUCCACCACAGUGUCAGUCUACUGCAGCUCCAACAGUGUCAGCCCAACAGUGCCACUCUACCAACAGUGCCGCCCAACAAUAUGCCUCAACAACAGUGCUACCACAGUGACGCCCAAAGUGUCAGCCCACCAACAGUCCACCAACAGUAAUCAGUCCACCAACAGGACGCCCACCAACAGUAUCAGCUCCUACCAACAGUGCCGCCCUCCCCACAUAGUCGUCAGUCAACAACAGUGUCAGCCCACCAACAGCGUCAGCCCACCAACAGUGUCAGCCCACACAGUGCCGCCCACACAGUCAGUCCACCAACAGUGCCAGGCCACCAACAGUGCCGCCCACCACAGUGCCAGCUCACCAACAGUGUCAGCCCACCACAGUGCCGCCCACAGUGCCGGCCUACCACAGUCAGCCGCCCACCAACAGUGCCGCCCACCACAGUGCCUGCCCACCAACAGUUCUACCAACAGCGCGUCUACCAACAGUGCCAGUUCACCAACAGUCAGCCCGCCAACAAAGUGCCAGCCCACCAAUAGUUCUACCAUUAGUGUCAAUACUUCCACCAUUAGUGUCACCAUUAGUGUCACUCUACCACAGUGUCAGUCUACCAAUAGU